AUGCAUAAGAAAAAAUCUAACAAGGAUAAAACACAAUCCCAGGAGAUAUUGGCCUCUGAAGACAAGGCGACGCCAGAUGACGUCUCAAUUCCGGAAGAUUCCGCGGAUUAUGAACCAAUUGAACAUGAAGAAUCAAAUCCGCUAGCUCCGGAAGGCCCAGAAGAACUGGAAGUUGACGCCAAGUUUGACGAAGGUGCGAGCGGAAUAAUCUUCCUCUCGAGUAUACCGCCGUACAUGGGCCUUUCAAAGCUCAGAACCUACUUUGGAAACUUUGGAAAGAUUGGAAGAAUCUACGCCCAGCCAGAGUCAAUCAGCGACUACAAGAAAAGGGUCAAACUCGGGGGAAACAAAAAGCUCAAAUUCCUUCACGGAUGGAUCGAGUUUCAUGACAAGAAAAUCGCAAAGCAAGUCGCUCUACAGCUAAAUACAAAGCCUGUUGGACACAAGAAGCGCCAAAAUUUCUGGAGAGAAGAUCUCUGGAAUAUAAUGUACCUACCGAAAUUCAAGUGGAGGCAUCUGGUCGAAUAUUGGUCCAGAAACAAGAGAGAACGAAAGGAAAAACUCCAGCACCUCCUAGCCCAGGAAAAGAAGAAGAAUUACCAUUACAUUGACCAGCUAGAAGCUGAAAAACAACACGAACAUAUCGCAGAAAAGAGAAGGAAAAAGGGAUUGCGGGUAGAUGAAGAAUACGUGGAUCAAGAUCGCUCCGCGAAAAAGAAAGCUUCAGAGUCCUCUGGUAAUGAAAAUGUGCCUGUAGGUCUCCUAGAUGCAAUAGUACUAUAA